UUAUGGGGUGGACGGAAGGAACCAACAGAAAACGAAUGGAGAGGGGGAUGGCAGAAUGGAAAGGAGAGCAGGGAGGGGAAGAAAGGUUUUUUACUAAGUGAUUGUCAGAGUCCCCUCCACUCCUGAGCACACUGAUAGAGGGGGGACGAAGAGGGCCAGUCUACCUCUGAUCAGGACAAGAUAUUCUUGAAGAGUUGCAAUCUGUUCUCCGAAGAUUACAGAGAAGAUCUGCGUGACUGUGACCAUGUGGCUGGCGAUUGUCUUCUUCCUGUCUGCCCUGCUUCCACUCUCUCUCUCCCACGGUCAGGACCCCUUCGCUUGGCUGUAUGGCCGUCAGAGCCAAGGUUACUCUCAUGGCUCCCUGCAGGCAAGCACCACAGGAUGGCAGUGUCCUGAUGAGUGUGACUGCCCCCCAUCCUUCCCUGUCGCCAUGUACUGUGAUGGGCGGGGCCUGACAGCCAUGCCAACCAUUCCCUCCCAUGUCAAGUACUUGUACCUGCAAAACAAUGCCAUCACUGCUGUGCCCGACUCGGCUCUGAUCAAUGCAACCAGUCUGGUGUGGCUGAUGAUGCACCACAACCAGCUGACUUCUGAAGCCGUUGACAAGAAGGCUUUUCUGAAGUUGGAGGGACUGGAGCGUUUAUAUCUACAGCACAACAAUUUCACCAGCAUUCCCCCCAACCUCCCUCGGUCCCUGCGAGACCUGAGAAUCAAUCACAACAAGAUUGAAAAGGUAACACCUGCAGACCUCGAGGGGAUGGAUAACCUCACCAUCCUGUAUCUCCAUGAUAAUGCGGUCACAGACAUGAGCACAUCACUGAAGGCCCUGACAUCUCUCACAUUGCUGGAUAUCAGCAGCAACAAGUUGACAAAGGUCCCAGAGGCCCUCCCUGAACAUCUGCACCAGUUCUACCUGGAGUCCAACUCCAUUGACGCUCUACCAGAGGGUUUCCUAGGCCGCUUCACACAGCUGCAGUACAUUAGGAUGGCCCACAACCAGCUGACAGACAAGGGAAUCCCUUCCAACACCUUUAACGUCACUGGGCUGGUGGAGCUGGACCUGAGCUUCAACCAACUGGAGAGGAUCCCGACAGUCAGCACCACACUGCAACAUCUCUAUCUGCAGGCAAACCAGAUCAAAGAGUUCACUCUGGGUAGCUUCUGUAGCGUUGUGGAUGUGACCAAUUUCUCCAAACUGCGGACGCUGCGACUGGAUGGGAACGAGAUCAGUCGUCAGGACGUCCCGUCAGAGUCGUCCAUGUGCCUGCGACUGGCUUCCGACAUUGAGAUCUAAACUGUGUGCACAGUUUGUGGUGGUCUGCUCACGUACACAGCUCACUUUACGACAUGCAUUAUAAUGUAACACAUUGUUUUUGUGACGUCUGCCAAAAACUGAAUCAGAGCAGGGUGUAAUUUAAAAUUGACAGGAAAUGGCCGGAGUUAAUAUCCACAUAGUGAGAGCAAAGGGAAGACUUGGGGAGAUUUAACAAGUCUUAAACAUGGCCGAGUCUCUUGAAAGUGAGCAAAAUAAGUUUUAUAACCCACACAAUGUGUUUCUUAUUUGCGUAUUGAAAAUUAUCCGACCCUGAUCCUCCAUAUAAUUUGCUACACGGAUCAAGGAUCUUUGUACUUUGAAGAUAUUGUUGACUCGUCUUGAUUCAUGUCGUUUAUUGUUCUGUCUGAAGAUAAACUUUGUGUAUCAUGUACGAUAUUAAUAGGGUAUAAUGGUCUGAAUUCAAAUCAAAAUCAUGAUGAUUGUGUCUGCUCCAUGAAAAUACCUUACUGCACUUGUGUGCAUUAUACCAAAAUAUAUUUUUCCUUGUUUAAAAACAUGCUGUGACUCUUUGUUUCUGUAGAGGAUCCUGUUUUUGCAUAGUGACAUCAACUUUCCUAGAAAAUAUCUAUCUAGAAUGUGAAAAAUAUCUCCAUACGGUACUGUAGUGACUCUGACAAAACAAGGCCUCUGAAUAUUAUCAUUCUUGAGUUAAUGUAUGCAUUGCAUGGAUCGAUGAUCAUAUUCAUGUUUACAAGCCUAUCUUAGAAUAAAUAAAAACUGAGACUCAAAAAAAGUCCAAUUCA